UAGGGGCAGGAGGACACAGACAGUAGUUUUUUUUUUCUGGCAGAUGUCGGCCGCAGCAGAGGAACAAGCCCGAACCUAACGAAGGCGGGGUUAAAGAAAAAACAAGGAAUUUCCUGGUGAGCUACGACAACGCUGGAAGAUGAAUGUGGGCGUAGCUCACAGCGAGGUGAACCCCAACACACGGGUGAUGAACAGCAGAGGGAUAUGGCUCACCUACCUGCUCCUGACCGUUGUCUUGCAUGUCGUCCUGCUCAGCAUACCUUUCUUCACUGUGCCACUUGUCUGGACCCUUACCAAUGUCAUCCACAACCUGGUGAUGUACCUGUUUCUACACACAGUGAAGGGAACUCCCUUUGAGACACCAGACCAAGGGAAAGCUCGUCUUCUUACACACUGGGAACAGAUGGACUACGGUGUCCAGUUCACAUCUUCGCGCAAAUUCCUCACCAUCUCACCAAUCGUUCUGUAUAUUCUUGCCAGUUUCUACACAAAAUAUGAUCCCACACAUUUCCUGAUCAACACAAGCUCCCUCCUUAGUGUCCUCCUCCCAAAGUUGCCUCAAUUUCAUGGAGUGCGGAUAUUUGGGAUCAAUAAAUACUGAGAACUGACUGAACACUGGAUUUUAAGGACCAACACUGGACUACUUUUUUUUUUUGUUUGUUUCUGCUGAACUGUUUUAUGUUUAGAGUUUGAGGAGGAGAGAUCCAGUUCAAUUUGUCUUAACUGUACAGACUGUGUGGAGUAAUAUAUUGAAGUUGCAGUUUUUGCUGCCUCUUGCAGCUUGAAAGAAAAGUAAAUGCACCACUGCUGAAAGUAAAUUUCUUCUUUACUGACAUUUCUGAUGUAUGUUCGUGAUGUAUAUUUGUUGCUCUGUCUCAGCUUUUCUGUUACAGUACAACUGUCAGUGUCUAGUUAUCAGGUUCUUAAUGAUAGUUUCAAAUUUCCUUUUUUUCAUGCUUUUUUUUUUCUUGAUUUACUAUGAAGGAAUUACAUGCAGCAUGCAUAUACUUGCCUACACUAAACCCUGCAGUCUUUGUUUUGCUAUGAUACACAUGAUUAUAUAAUUUACUGUUUGAUUUCAAAUCUGGAUGUCUUUUCCUGUUUAUAAAAUUAGCAGUGACAGCUACAUGAUGUGCACACAUGGUUGUCUUAUCUUUGUUUCACAUGCCCGAGUAGGAAGACUGCCAAAAUCCUUUUUCGUGGAGGUUUAAAGAAUCAAUUGAUCAGUUGUGGGCUAGUUUGUAAGCAAUGGGGAACUCCAGACACUUUACAUGAAGCCACAAUGUGUGUGUGGGGGUGUCACAGUGCAAUAUGUUCAUAUAUCCAAGGGAUUCCCCCCUUCCUCAAGCAAUGUGGUCAUGUUUGCAUUGCAGUGAGGUUUCCAUAUUAGUGACGUGUGUUUUGGGAAAGAAGCACACAGGAAACGCAGCGGCAUGUGAAUGUGAUUACACUGUUGUAUAUGCCUACCUGAGCCUGGGAAACGCAUGCAAAUAAUGCUAGUUUAAUCAGCUGUUUCAAACGUGUCGUGUAUUCAAGUACAAAACCAUUGCAACAUUUAAUGUUAAGAGGCCAGAGGUGGGACGCAGAGGCCGGUUGAGCUGGAUGUCACAAUGUUUUUUUUUCUCCAACAUAUACUGAGAGCUGCCUGAUUUAAGAUAACGCUAUCUCGCUUGAACAGCAAGUUAGGUCAACCACUGCAGUUUUCCCCAGUUCUACUUCCACUUUUAAUUGAAAUGAAGUCAGUGAAGCUUGAUGAGAGGUAUUAGAUAUAGGCAGUAUAUUUUAAACUGAGGGCAUGCAGUGCACAGGACAAGGGACUCAGAGUAUGACACAUGCAAUUCAAGUGUACGCUUAUCAUCACCUUGUUUGAGAUUUUAACUUUUGAGACACAGAUUUACAGAUACCACAGGACAUGUCAGAGGGAAUGUGCAGAUAUGAGAAAGGUCAGAAAUUUCUACAUUGAAGUCACAUUUAAACAUGAGAUUUAAGAUGUAAUAGAGGCCCAAAGGAAGAAAGCCGAGAAAAAAAAGUUUCAAAAAAAGAGUUUUCAAAGUAAAAUGCCUUCUCACUUGGGAAAAACAAAA